AAAAUCAAAAAACCGCGACAAAACAGCACUCAACCGCCAACUGGGAGGAGGAAAAUCCGAAAAAAGAUUUUAUACUCCGAUUAUUCAUCUUUUGGAUACGUGAUGGCUGAUGUUUGGAAUCGUUCAUCGACUUCAUCGUUCAUCAGGAAGCGCCUUGAAACGGCAUAAAUCGCUGCUGGAUUGCAAUCUCAACCUUGGUACUUUCCGAUUCAUUAUCCUGGUGACAGUGGAUGGCAAUACUUCAAUAUGAAUCAAGUGUACAAUAUUCAUAAUAUGAAUCAACCUGAUUGCGAAUGGAUAACGCUGCCACCGCCGCUGCCACAUAAAGAUGCCCGAAUAGAACUCGUACAAGCCCCGAUUUGGACUGACAGUUGCACCACCUAUGGCAGAAGUCGAAAAAGAAAAUGGAAAAAGAGGGAGGUCAUGAAUCGGGCGAAGCAAGUGUUCAUCAAGCGCAAUAUUCCUGUGAGAACAAUGCAGAGGCAACGAAAAGUGGCAUGCUACUCCCCUGUUAUGGAAGAAGAGGCUUUGAAGUUCGUCAACCGAAGAUAAUUGGACAAGAAGAAAAGCUAAAAGGAAAUAAUCUCUCUUAUCGCAAUUUCUCACUGAUCACCUACGGAUUAGGUCUUUUUGCAAUCUUUUAA